UACGAGGCUGAUGCCGAAAAUACAGUUUUGUUAUAAGUUUGGACGAAAUAUAACUUCCUGGCUUUGAAUCCGAUUACGUAUCUUUGUAACUUAUGCUGCAAGUUACAUAAAUUGCUCAAGGAUGACAUACCUGAAAGCAGUGCUGGGUAUCAUAUUGCUACUGGCAUUCAUAAUAUUCAUGAGGCCACUACUAUUCAAGUACUUUGCUUCAUACACUAUGAUGAUAAUAAACAUGGUGUACAAUGACUAUGACAGACACCUCAAUGCAAUAGAAAUUCAACAUGAAUCAGCCUGGCGUUUGCAUAAGUUUGAGAUGCAGUUUAAUAAGCAAGUUUGCAAGGAUAAACCCCCAUCAAGGGGACCAGUUUCUUGGCUAACUGCAAUGACAAAUGAUGAUUUUGUUAUUGGAGCUGUUUUGAAUGCAUACAUGAUUAAGUAUCUUUCUUGUGAACAAAAAUUGAUAGCUCUAGUAUCGAAUGGUGUAACAGAGGCAGGCAGAAAUGCUCUUUCUAAAGCAGGUUAUGACGUCAAAGUUGUUGAGCCCUUAGACUGUAACUGGAUGGAUAGGAAAAAAGGGAGGAAAGAACAAAAUCUUGGGAUUAUUGGCACACAUAUGCGUUUUCAUGCCUGGAACUACACAAAGUUUAAUCGAAUCAUAUAUUUUGAUGCUGAUAUAUUACCAUUGACAAGCAUAGAUGAACUGUUUGAUUUAGAUACAGAUCUUGGAGCUGCAUACUGUGGCAAACCUGGUGUGCUUGACCCUUGUUUUAAUGCCGGAAUCCUUGUUUUCAAACCAUCUAGUAAAUACUACCAGGAAAUAAUGGACAUGUGGUCUAAAUUGUCAGACAAUGGUUGUCCAAAUGACCAAGUUCUUUUAUGGCAUUAUUAUGCAGACAAUGGCCGUUGGACUCCAAUACCUUAUGCUUAUAAUGUACGAAGAGAAAUAUACCACCCAUUGAAGGUGUAUCAUUUUGCUUGCUGUUUGACACCUAAAGCAUGGAGAGUUUUAAAUCCACCUACAAAGAUACAGUUAGACAGUUUUGAAGGACCAAUCAAAGAACCAAUGCAAAUGGUUCUAUUGUGGUGGAAAUACUUCUUAAGAGCUCUGGACGAGUUUGAUCUCCAUUCAUGGUGGAAAGUAGCUAGUCUGUCUAUUAGGCGUAAAGAUCACUGAUAUAUUGCUCAAACAGUUUUACUUUCCGUUGUAUGGUGGGGUUCAAACCCCAAAGAUGCUUACUACAAAACUUUGAGACAGGAAGAAAUUUAACAAUUCUCAGUUAUUUGUCAAUGUAUUUAUAGGUUUUAUUACUUGAAGAUGCAAAUUACUAGGGAUUUUGCUGUAGUAAAUCAUUUUUGUUUGGAGACUUUAAAUUUUGCCAAAAACAACAAAUUUUCACCUUGAACAGCUCUUAUGUAUAGGCAAAAUAGCGGCUUUUUUUGUCUUCAUUUCUUAUGGCAUAGAUUUGUAAAGAUUCUGUUUCUGCAAUUGUAAUUUAAUCAUAACAAAUUGAUGAUUAUUAUGAAUCAAUAAAUAAACUGUAAAAGGUGUUUAUUUCUUAAAGUUGCAGUCUUUUGUAGAGGUCUGGAGAAAUUAAUUGUAGAGAAAUUUGUUAUUUGAAAAAUGACGCCAAUUUUCUUUCAAGCAGUUUUUCAAGUCAAUUAUUUCGAUUGCAAAGAUCGUUUAAGACUGCAUUCCCCCCAGUAGUUAGGUUGAUAAAGCACGGCCAAAACAUCAUAAAACAGCUUGUUUUGUUGCCUUGUUUUCCUGCAUGGCUUUGCUUUGAGAAGACAGAAAUAAAGUGGAGAUUUUUUAUUUACUCUUGACAUUGCACCAGGUUACUUAUUUCUAAAUUCUGAACAUUCACUGUUCUAGUAUGGAAAGGUAAUGUGUCCAUAUAAAACCGGCUGCAUAUACCCAACUUGUCAAGUAACAUCAAAAUAACAGCUUGCGAUUGGUAAGUUGUGUUGCAAUUUAAAAGUGGUCACAUGAAAAGCUAUCCUUGCAGCAGUGUAGAUGAACAGAACAACCAUGAUGGCUGGAGCAAUGACAUGAUAAAUCACGUUUUGGGAAACCCCUGCAGAGUUGCUUGCUUUACCUUUAAGCUGGACACAUUGCCUUCAAGAUUCUCAUAUCUCAAAUCUUUGGGCUGUUCUUAUCUUGCAUUUCUUGUUGCUGUUUACUGCACAAAGUAUACAGCUUUUGUUAUCUUGCUGUAUUUCAAUUAAAAUGUAAUAUCUCUUUGAAGGAACUCUUACUCAACAAGCAUUGCUUUGCUUGAGUUAAAUUUUCCGCAACCUUUAAAGUUGAGUUACAGUACAUGCUAGUACAGUACAUUGCUUUUAGUGUCAAAUAAAAUGUUGCUUAAAAAGAUGACUGUCAACAUGGCUCUAUUGAAAGUUUGGUACAUUAGUGUUGUGUUGUGUUGUGUUGUAUAAGUAUUUGAUGUUGAAUUGAAUUAUCAUUUUUGGGGAUUUCAAUUGUUUGGUUCAUUUCAUUCAUUUUUAAUCUUUUUUGUUUGGUAACAGUAAACAUUAUUUACAGUCACGGAGAAAUUUUAAUAUCUAAGAUAACACCCAGACAGUAAGAGUGCUUUCCAAUUACUGAUACUGAAUCAUUUCUAAUGAAAAUAACAAAUACAUUUGGGCAAUAAGGCAUAAAAACCUUGUCAACAAAUUAAUUAUAAACCAAAUACCCCAUCAAUAUCAAAUAUCUACAAUAAAUGCAAUGGUACCACUUAUGAAUUUAAAUAGAUACAUAAAUCUUUAAAUUGUGGUUUAACUAUAAUAUUGCUGAAUACUAUGAAAAAUUAUCCAGACUUAAAUAAUAACACCUGCAUACAAAUUCACUAGUAUACCAAGCUAGCAAAUGAUUAACUAAAAUAAAUUAUGCCUAUCUCAGGCCUGACCAUAGCACUUUAAGCAGGGGAGCAGUAAAUAGCUCUCCUGGUAAUUUCCAGGCAAAAUUGAUUUCAAGGAGAGAGAUUUGCUUUCAGAGCAAUUUAAAAGAGCUAUCUGUAGCUCCCCUCCAGCAUUUGAGAGGGACCUGGAGGGGAGGAAGAGCUAUGGUUCUCCUCAAAUGGUCGGGCCUGCUGUCUGGCUUCUCAACUAUUUUUCAGCAAAAAUACACAAACAGACAUUCUAAAAACUCAGCUUGUAAACAGAAAUUACCACCCCAAAGAAAUGCUAAUCAAAAAGCAGAUGCAUUGAAAUAUAGGAAAAUUUAAUUUGAGUUUCCUUAAUUCAAUAACCAGAAAUGGCGUAUUGAAUCUCUUGCAAGAUCAGAUGCAAUGAGAUGCCUAACACAAACUGACAUGUUUUGAGGUAAAACAAAUUGAAGCAACUCUCAAAUGCCUCAUGAAAACACAAGUUUCUUGUUAGGCAAGGAUAGAUUCAUUAAAACUACUCAUGGGCUCAAUUAAAGCAGAAAAACCAAGCAACCAAUAAGAGCAUCUAGUGUACUCACAAGCAUCAAAGUUUUGCAGAUUUUUUCUGACACUAAGAACAUUUGUUCUUUUGAAACUUCUCAUCACAUUGCAGAAAAUCUCACAACAACAGACAAUAUUCUCUUUUAGGCUUAAUUUAAAGCAUUUGCAUCUUUUCAAUUGACGUUAAAACUAUUUAACAGUAGCCGUUAAUGAUAAACAACUUUGUCAAGAAGUUUACAGUAAACCCAAUGCUCAAAAAGCUUAGUGUCCUGAGGACAACAACAGAUAAACAUAAACUCUUUCUUGUUGAAAGUUUUCACUUUUCAGUGACAAAAGCCUGUAGUUAUAGUGCAUUAUGAUGCACCUAAUGAAUAGCUGAAACAAUGUUCUGUAAAUCUUUCGAACAGUUUGAAGUAACAUCAUGGUUUCUUGAGUCAUUCAGUUUAUCAACCACUUCAGAUGUGAGACUGUUAUUUUGAUUUCCCAAUGAAUGUUCGGUAGAAUGUCCAUUGCCUGUUGCACAGCAAGUAUUUUGUUUGAUUUUAAAAAUGGUCUUUUGGAUGAUAUCAAAGAGGCAGCUUGGUUGCACAAAAUCAUUGUCAACUAAAUUUACAAGACAGUAGUUGCCACAUAUAUCAUCAAUAACUUUUCUUGACUGUGAGCCCUCUGGGUAUAGAUUUGCCCAGUGCUGUUGCCACAGAGAAAAUGCUUCAUCCUGUAAAAAUAAGUAGAUAAACUCAGAAUAUUAGCAAAAAAACAUUGAAAAUAAAAAAAAUUAACUAGCUUCUACACACUAAUUAAUCUAUUUUAAAUGUUAGUUAGAUUGUUAUAUAAUUAAAAGAUAAAAAUCUCUGCAAUUCAGUCUUUCUUGGUCAAGCAACUGUGUUUGAAAACAUAUUUAACCUGACAAACUAUAAGGACUGUUUAUCUAAGGGAAUUGCAUUUUGAACCAUCUGCUGUCAUGAGAGGCCCACAUUGCCAGGUGUCAAUGACCAACAAUGAUCCACCCUAAUAGCUGAAGAUAUUGAGGAGUCAUAAAUGUAACAAAAUAAGCAGUCAAUUUUCAAAAUCUUCAGAAGGAACUUUUAGUGUAACAAGCAAAAUUUUAAGAGAAAUAUUGACUAACCUUCCAGAAGUUGAAGCUCACAGGAUCAACAACAGUUGGUUGCAUUAUUUCCUUGCCAGGGAAAACACCCCAUGUCACAGCAAUAGGGGAAUACCGGUCACAGUUGGUGUUAUCCAGUCCACCCUGCAACAAAAUACCUCUACCUAAGUAUUCAUGCUUCCUACAGUUGACAGUACACUUGCCAGGUUAGGGAAAAUAACACAAGUUAUCAAGCAGCAAUUUUUUUCAUCUAGAAGAUACACUGAGGGUAACGAACAGCUCAAUUUUCAGGGCUCAAUAUACAAAAUCUGUAUUUCCUAUUAGGGAUCUUAUUUGAAAUAAUAUAUCUACAAAGAUACAUUCACUUUGAUAUCUGGAUUUCUGAAAAAAACUGCAAACACACCUCCUGAUUUAACAGCAAGCUGUGCGUACAGAAGAAUAUUUUCUAAAUUCAAACCUCUCUUAAUGAUAACAUAUAUAUUCACCAUUCAUACCUCUUCAUCAACUAUGUGAUAAUUGACAUGUGGAUAUUCCUUCAAAACAUCCAACAAGAAGGCAAUGUUUUCUUUGCUUGUGAAGAAUUCCAGGUAAGCCUAGAAAUUUAACAAUACCAGCAUAAAUAUACAAAACAACUUUAGGGAAAAAGCAUACUGGUUCCUUUAGAAAGAGCAGGUCAUUAUGUUAUUUAAAAUUAUAAAAAAUAUUUAACAAACAUCCUAGAUGCAUGCAUUUUGAAGACCUCUGAAUUCUGCUUGUGCCUUUUAGAAUAUAGUGGUUCGAGGCACCUAACCUGCUGCUUAUAGAAAAAGAAGUAUUUUUGUGACAUAAUGACACAUUCUGCAUAUGGGAAUAGUUCUUGAGGUCUGAAUGUCUAUAGAGAUGUUUACAUUGAUGGUAUGGAAUGCAAAUCAUUAAAUACAAAUUCUUUAUAGGUUGAACAUAAACCUUUAACAUAUAUAUGAAAAUAUACCUUUUGGUAUAUGUAACCACCAGCACCUCCCCAUCCAACAAUAGGAUCAGAAGAGUUCGCUGCAUUGACAUUAGGCUGACUGUUAAUUGUAAGAAAACCAGCCUUGUUUACUCCUGCCAACUCUGACACCAACAAGGAUGUCUCUGGUGCCAAAUCUUCAUCAUUCCAUGGUAACGACUUAACCUAGUUGAGAAAAUCAUUCAUUAAAGUUGGAUAAAAAACAUAUAUAAUUAUCACAAAAUUACACAUUAUGUUAUGUGUACUGCCAUACACACUGCUAGAAUAAAAAGUGACUAAGGAUGCCUGUGCCAUGGGGGCAGCAGGGACAGUGGCCCCUUGCCCUCAUGAAAUUGGGCAUUUUUCGCUGUUUUGCUACUGUUUUGCACUUUUCUUGGUGCUUUGCCCCAAUUUCCCUUUUUGAGUGCAGGGCCCUCUGAAAGCAACUAUAUAUUGGGAAAAUAUUAAUAGAAUAUAAGUUCAGCUAAAGUCCAACUCUUCUAAUUCCUGCCCCAAUUGCAUUUAAUGCUAAACAAUGUGAAAAAUGAAAUACAAGACAAACCUGGUUCCCAGCUUUGUUUUUAUUGCCACUUAUGUAGCAUGAAAAUAUAUCCCAAACAUCUUCAACUGAAUGCAGUUCUUCACCCCACAUUUUCCUCAGAUCAGCCUUAUUUUUAGGACUUCGCAGAUAAAAUAAAUGAUGGUCAGUCAGCUCAUUAAAUGAUGGGGCUGAAGAAUUUCCCCAUCUCCCAUUAGGGUAUUCAUCCCAAUCAGAUGUUCUAUAUAUAUAGCUUUUUGGUCGAGUGGCCCAAAAUAUUGGCCGUACAUCUUCUGAGAAGCGUUUUAUGUUUGCAGAUGUCUUCCAGGGUAACGCCCUGUUGUUGACAUCUUCAAUCCAUAAACGAAGUUUCUGAGCAAUUUCCUUUGUUGCAAGCUCUCUAUUCAAAGUGUAGAAGUGUAGCCCAGGGACCUGUGAAAUCAAAAUAAAAUUCAAAUUAUAUACAAAUUUCUAAUUUAGUUUUUAAGAUUUUGCUAUCAAAUUGAGUAAUCAUGCAUAACUAUCAAGCUUAUAUCCAAAUCCUUUACAAAAAUGGAACAGCCUUGCUUUUAAGACCAAGUAAUUAAAUUCUAUCACCUGCCCUACUCAGAAGUAUGUUAAUGGAGUUCAUGAUCUAUAAGUGCAUUCUAAAUUCUAUUAAGGUGUAUAUAUUCCAGGGGAGCCACCUACAUAAAAUUUGAGUAAAGUCUAGUAUUGUUAUUUGUUAAUGUAGAUGGGUAGCCUAUAAAACUCCUAAAGACAUUAUCAUAACCCUGCUCUUGAUUAAUAGUACAUUUUUAGAUUAUGAAUAGAAAAGAUUAUAAUUUAACAGUCCUAGUUGUUGAAUGCAUGCAAUCAAAUGAGAGCAAAUAAUGGAGCAAAUAAUAGGAGCAAUUGAUCGCAUGCAUGAUCAGAUAUUUGACCAUUGCCUUUUAACCCUUCUUUGACUGUAUUUUUUUUGGUUCCGUAUUCAAUAUCAAACAUUGGGGAAUGCACUGUUAAAAGCGGAUGGUCCUGGGCCACGGCAUUGUGUGGUAGGGUGGCCAGUUCCUUUCCAUGCCGCUUUUACCUCCCUAGUAUGUUUCAACUAGGUACUCAUUUUCAGUCGAGUGAACUGAGGGCCGUCUGCGAGCCGGGAUCGAGCCCGGAGUUCUGGCAUGGCAGUCCAGCACCUUGACCUCUCGGCUACCACGGGACCUUUGACUGUAUUACUUCAUCAAAAUAUUGAAAGUUUUGGUUCUAGAAGCAGGGAAGCAUUGGCUUACUCUUACAAUAGAGCAUCUUGUCUUCACAUAGUGAUGUGCUAGUAACUAUUGCUUUACAGAGUUUGCUAUUGAUUGGCUUUGUUGAAAUUCCCUUAAUGAAAAAAGCUGGCUUGCAACAACACUAAACAAUUCUGCUUCCCCGUCUUGCACAAACUAACAAACUGUGUUAGUUCAUUUCACUUUUGU